GGUAAAUAAGCUAGCGUCUCGUAACUCUCCGACCUAUUCCCAUGGAAGCAGCCUGCAAAUAAGCUAGCGUCCCAUUUGGGAAAUGGCACUUUCCACAUACGCACCUCCCGUCCUCCGGGUCCGGUAUCCCAAGCACCUCGCCCUCCUUGUCAGCGCCAACCACACCGCCGCCCGCUUCUGCUCCCCCGUUAAUUCCUGCGUCUAAUCAGCCGCCCGUUGCCUUUGCCUAGCCGGAGGGGCGGCCCGGGGGUGACAUGGGCCCUGCGGGGCGCGGGGCGCUCACGCGCGCCGUCCUCCUCCUCAGCGUCGUCGCGCUCGGGCUCUGGCUUCUGUGCGGGGAGUUCGCCGUCAUCGGCGGGGGGGGAAGGACAACCAAUCCCGCCGUCCCGACCGCCGUGGCCGGGAGGAAGACCAACGUCCAGACGGCCGUUGGCUCGCCGGUCGCGUGGCGCAGCCGCGAGUGGAGGCGGGCGGUGGACCACCACGCCGCCGUCCUCGGCAGGCACCUGGCGGACGGCCUGCUCGCCGCAUCCUCCCGCGCCGUCUGCCUCGGCGGCGUCCAGGCGGCGAUCGCGCUGCGAGAGCUCGGCGUGGUCGGCGCCGUCGCCGUCGCCCAGAAGCGGUCCCCGCCCCUGGCCGUCGCCGGCAGCGACCGCCACCUCCCGUUCCCGGACUCCUCUGUCGAUUUCUUCUUCGUCGGCCGGGCCCUCGACUCCUCCAAGCGCCCGACCGACCUCGCCGGCGAGGCGGCACGGAUCAUGAAGCCGAACGGCCACCUCGUGGUCCUCACAUCCGGCGCCAGCGACGCCUACAACCUCCGGUCCCUCCAAGCUCUCCUCCCAUCCCUCCGAUUACUCCGAUCCCGCGAGAUCAACGGCCUGGAUGGCUUCACCCUCCGGGAACUGGUCUUCCGGAAGCAUGCAGGUAUCUCCACCACCACCAUUUCCGCGAGCAACUGCACGAAUCGCGAUCAAAAGCUCCAAAUCAUCGGCCUCGCCGAGCCACUGAUCCAAGAAGAGCCGGCAAAGCCAUGGAUCACGCUGAAGAGGAACAUCAAGAACAUCAAGUACCUCCCGGCGCUCGCUGACAUCGGCUUCAAGCGCCGGUACGUGUACGUCGACGUCGGCGCGCGGAGCUACGGCUCCAGCAUCGGCAGCUGGUUCCGGAAGCAGUACCCGAAGCAGAACCACACCUUCGAGGUGUUCGCCGUCGAGGCCGACCCGGCGUUCCACGCCGAGUACGCCACCAAGAAAGGCAUCACCUUGCUCCCCUACGCAGCCUGGGUCAGGAACGAGACGCUCACGUUCGAGAUCAACGACGGCCCCGGCAAGGGUGACAUCAACGCCAAAAGGGCGAACGGCCGUGGCAUGGGCCGCAUCCGGCCCGCGGCGGGCGCGACGGACAGAGUGUCGUCCGGCGCGGUGCGGCGCAUCCCGGCGUUCGACUUCGCCGCGUGGCUCCAGCGGACGGCGUCGGAGCAGGACUACGUGGUGAUGAAGAUGGACGUGGAGGGCACCGAGUUCGACCUCAUCCCGAGGAUGCUCGACACCGGCGCGAUCUGCCUCGUCGAUGAGCUGUUCCUCGAGUGCCAUUACAACAGGUGGCAGAGGUGCUGCCCCGGUGAGCGGUCGCCCAAGUACCGGAACACGUACGGCAAGUGCCUCGACCUGUUCACCUCGCUCCGGGAGAGCGGCGUGCUUGUGCAUCAGUGGUGGUGAUCGGUAGAUAAGUGA